AUGGCGGCCAAUGACGCUGCGGGUGGGGAGAUUGACGGCUCCGCCGUCAUUCAGAGGAUGGCGGAGAUUCGCGAGGCCAUCCCCAAUCCCUGCUCGGUCAAGGACCCAUGGCGCCUGAGCCUUGCACCGUCCUCGCCAUCGCGGGCGCCCCCGUCGUCCUCACCGGCGAGUUCAAAGGUAGCGCUAUCCCUGGACACCCACGUCAAGGUCGACCAAUUAGGCCUACAGUUUGGUCGAUGCCAAAGGUCAUCUGCGACCAUGCUUCUUCCACAAGCACCGGCAGCCAUCACUUUGUACAGAUCGCUUCACAAGCUCAACCACAAGUCAUCAAAUGGCCAGGCAAAUCUGAUCCCUCUCCCAUCCGUGUAUCGGCCAGUGCAAAGACAAGGAAAGGUGGAGCCAGCCAGCUGCCACUGUGACCCAUCAGCCCCAAUAGAGAAGCCCGUUCAAGCAUGUCAUCCAAUGUGA